AUGGCGCAGGCAGGAGGGCCUAAUCAAAAUCCGCCAAAUGACAAGAGAAGGGUCAAGGUCUAUGAGUUGCGCGAUGGCGACUGGUUUGAUAGAGGUACUGGCUUUUGCAGAGCCGACUUUAUGCUUGAUAAUGGCCCCGAAAAAUCAGACCCUAGAGUAAUGGUGCAGUCGGAGGAUCAACCAGGUCGUAUACUUCUAGAGACUAAGAUCGUUAAAGGAGAUGAAUUUCAGAAACAGCAAGAAACUCUCAUAGUAUGGACAGAACCGGAUAGUGAGAUGGAUAUGGCUCUCAGCUUUCAAGAAGCAGAGGGCUGCACGGCUGUUUGGCGAUUCAUCAAUAACAUACAAACGACUUUGGGUGGACAUGGAGGAAUUAGUAUCGAGGAAGAUAUCAUAUCUGAUGAUAACAUCCCCGAGCUAAACAUUCCAACGUCUCUCCCCAAUCCUUCAUUGGGUAACCUGCCCGAAUUGGAAAUGCAAUUAAGACAAUUGAACAGCACAACGUCCGGACGCGAAGCCCUUACGAAAUUGGUUAUCAACGAAAACUAUAUCCGAAGAUUGAUACCACUGGUCGAGAUAGCAGAAGAUAUGGAGGAUUUACCAAGUUUACAUCGACUUUGCAACAUGAUGAAGAUAAUAAUUUUGCUCAAUGACAAUGCAAUUAUCGAGCAUAUUGUUACGGAUGAGGUGGUUAUUGGUGUUGUCGGAGCUUUAGAGUACGAUUCGGAUUUCCCAAGUCACAAGGCCAAUCAUCGACUUUGGUUGGGCAAAAAGGAUAGAUAUAAAGAAGUUGUUGAGAUACCCGAUGAAAACAUCAUGAGGAAGAUUCACAAUACGAAUCGAUUACAAUAUCUCAAGGAUGUGGUACUCGCUCGAAUCUUGGAUGAUCCAACGUUCUCGGUUCUCAACAGUCUUAUCUUCUUCAAUCAAGUUGAGAUUGUCCAAUAUUUGCAGAACAAUACAGCAGUUCUCAAGGAACUUUUUGGCAUUUUUGGAAACCAAGAGACAGAUCAGGAAAGGAAGAAGAUGGCCGUACUUUUCAUACAACAAUGCUGCGCUAUCGCGAAGAAUUUGCAACCACCAGGACGACAAACGCUAUACAAUAACUUUUUAAGUCAUGGUCUUUUAUCUGUCAUUAACUUUGCUCUCAAACACAAUGACGUUGGGGUACGAGUGGGAGCUACAGACGUAUUGGUUUCUAUGAUUGAUCAUGAUCCCCAAAUGAUUCGUCAAACCAUAUUUCGACAAAUGGCCGAGAAGCAAACUUUGCUGACUGAUUCUCUCAUCGAUCUUCUUCUGGUAGAAGCAGAUUUGGGUGUAAAGGCUCAAAUAGCAGAUGCGAUCAAGGUUCUCCUCGACCAAGGCAGUCAUGUAGGGCCAUUAGAAGGACUCUCAAAAGCCAAUGGUGCUGAAUAUGCCGCUCGAAUUCGAAAUCAAACAGAUCCUCAACAUGAACUUUUCCUUAAUCGAUUCUAUGAGGAAUCAGCGAAAAAACUAUUUAAACCUUUAGUGGAUUUGAAAGGACGCGAGGAUAUGAACUUUACUGUUCAUCAAGUAUCUUUAUUCAUUUAUUUGAUCGAGAUUCUGUGCUUUUUCAUUAGACAACAUAUGCACCGCAGCAAAUAUUUCGUGCUAUCAGAAGGAUUGGCUCAACGUAUCUCUCAACUUUUGGGGAGUCCCGAGAAGUACCUAAAAUUGACCGCAUUGAAGUUUUUCCGAAAUUUGGUUGGUUUACAAGAUGAAUUUUACAAUCAACAGAUGAUGCAAGAUCAUCUCUUUGAGCCAGUUUUAGACCUUGUCAUUGAAACAAUGCCUCGAGAUAAUCUUCUGAAUUCAGCCUGUUUGGAGUUCUUCGAAUUCAUCAAGAAUCAAGGAUCUAGUACAAGGGUUUUGGUCAAUCAUUUGGUGGAAAACUAUCGAGAAAAAUUCGAGUCAAUCACCUAUGUUGACACUUUCACAAAUUUCAUCACAAGGUAUGAUAACAAUCAAGGAUUCGCAUCGAGUAUGGAAACUUCAUUCCUCGAUACCGAAGAUGAAAGUCCGAAGAGACCUGAGACAGGUAGAGGUAGUAGAUGGGGCUCAGGUAUCAAGGACUUGGAUGCGGAUGAAGAAGCCUAUUUCAACACUUCUGAUGAUGAAGAGGAAAAAUCUCAGGACCAGAGUUUGACGAAUGGGGAAUCACCUGCUUCGCAGCCUUUAGUUGACUAUCCAUCGGAUGAAGAAAAUGAAAAUUCGGAAAAUGAUAUUUCUGUGGGUAUCACCUCCGCUCCAUUAAGUCGGAGCCCUUCACCAAAGCCAUUAGCUUCCAAAGAUUCCAGUGGAGAUGAGUUAGUAUUAACUCCUACCUCUUCCACACCAACUCCACCAGAAAGGUUAUCGGAAAAACGCAGGAGAGAAGAAGAUGAAGAAGAUGAACUCGGCAAACUUUCUCAUCAUAAACGAAGAAGUUCUACGAGUUCUACGACAUCAACCAAUAGCGUGUUGAGGAAGAAACAAAGCUUCAACAAAACACGAGAUGGUAAUAAUGGACCCAAAAAGAUUGCAAUCAGUUUAACUCCAGCUAUCAAAACUGGCGGCGAUAGCCCUGGUGGCAGUUCAAGUUGA